AUGGCGUCCGAUCGACUGUACAAAGAAAAGAAAAUCCGAGGAUUCUGCCACUUGUCGACAGGUCAAGAAGCUGUUGCAGUCGGAAUUGAGCACGCACUUCAGAAAGAGGAUAAGCUGAUUACGGCCUACCGGUGCCAUGGUUUUGCAUAUAUGCGCGGAGGAACCAUCAGAUCCGUCGUGGGAGAGCUUCUUGGUCGCCGCGAGGGUAUUGCCUAUGGCAAGGGUGGCUCCAUGCACAUGUUCGCUCAGGGAUUCUAUGGUGGUAACGGGAUUGUCGGUGCUCAGGUCCCCGUCGGUGCUGGACUGGCGUUUGCGCAGAAGUACGAGGGCAAGCAAAACGCCACUAUCUGCUUGUAUGGCGAUGGUGCAUCGAAUCAAGGACAGGUCUUCGAAGCCUUCAACAUGGCAAAAUUGUGGAAACUUCCUGUUAUCUUUGGAUGCGAGAACAACAAAUACGGCAUGGGAACCGCAGCCAAUCGUGCCGCGGCCAUGACCGACUACUACAAGCGUGGCCAGUAUAUCCCAGGUCUUAAGAUCAACGGCAUGGAUGUUCUCGCUAUCAAAGCUGCUGUCAAGUACGGCCGUGAGUAUACUCUCGCCGGCCACGGACCCCUCGUCUACGAAUACGUUACAUAUCGAUAUGGUGGCCACUCCAUGUCCGACCCCGGAACUACCUACCGCACCCGUGAGGAAAUCCAGCGCAUGCGCAGCACGAAUGAUCCAAUCGCAGGACUGAAACAGAAAUUGCUUGACUGGAACAUCACAACGGAAGAAGAAUUAAAGACGAUUGAUAAGGAAGCCCGCAGCUUUGUCGACUCGGAAGUGGCGGAAGCCGAGAAAAUGCCUGUACCAGACGCGACUCCUCGUAUCUUAUUUGAGGACAUCUAUGUACGCGGCAGCGAGCCCCUCUGGAUGCGUGGCCGUACCGCCGAAGAAACAUUCUACUACUAA